AUGUCUCAUGAAAAAUAUGAGACGUUUAUGAAUUAUAACCAAAAUAUACUCUAUGAUAUUUUCAAUCUUGAAAAUCAUGAAUCAACAUCCGAUACUGAAAGAGAAGAUUGUUUGUGGAACUAUGAUGAAGAACAAUAUUUCGAUAAUGAUGAUGAAGUCUAUUAUUCCGAAGAUAAUGAAGAAGCUCAUUAUUCCGAAGAAGAAUAUGAAGACCAUUCUUCCGAAGAAGAUGAUGAAGACCAUUCUUCCGUAGAAGAUGACCACUAUUUUAAAAGUGAAGAUUAUUUAGAAUAUUUAUCCAAAUUUGGUUGGCUUGACGAAGAGGAAGAAUGUUCAUCUUUUACGAGGAAUAAAUUUUCUUCUCUCAAUCAUCCAGAUACGUACUUUGUAGAACAAGACAAUUUUCCAUCUGCUUUUUACUUCUUUUCUAAAAAAGAAAGCCACGACGUGCGGGAAUGGUCUCAUACAGAAGAUGACUAUUGUGCUUCUGAAGAGGAAAAAGAAGAAUUCGGAUAUAAUUCUUCCAAGUUUUGCGAUAUUUGUGAAAAAUGGGGACAUUUUAUGCGGGAGUGUCAUUUAUACAAUAAAUCGCAAAAUCUCGGGAAAAAAGCUCGCCAGAGAGCAAAUAGAAAAAACGAGAAACUUCUUUCGAAUCACAUCGAAAAAGUUGAUUGGAAGACGAUCGGAAAGGUCAACGGUCUCGGAAAGGAAAAAGAGACCCUACAAGCUCCCAAAAAAUUUAUCAAACAGGAAUUAAACGAGGCGAGCAUUGUAGAAGAAGUAAAAUGUAAAAAGAUUGUAGAAGGAGAAAAAUGCAAAAAGAUUGUAGAUGGAAACUGCAAAAAGAUUGUAGAAGGAAACUGCAAAAAGACUGUAGAAG